UUGGGCCCGUUCCACAGAAAAAGAAGAAGGGGGAGAGAGAGGCUGACCGGAAGCAGAAGCAGCACCGUCAGGCUCAGCUGGAAAUGGCCCCUAAUUCGGAGUUCACAGACGGUACCCCAGCGCCCAACUCCCUCCAGGCCAUUUGCUACAAGCGUGGCUCCCUUCAGCUACUCGAUCAGACGAAGCUCCCAUUGCAAAGUACGUAUUUGGAUAUCCGGGACUCCACAGAUGGAUGGCACGCAAUCAAAGAUAUGGUGGUGCGCGGCGCACCCGCCAUUGCUAUCGCGGCGGCUCUCUCAUUGGCUGUGGAAAUUUUUAACUUGGAGGAUUUCAAUGGAACCCCCGACGAAGCGUUCUCUUUCAUUGUCAUGAAAUUGGAGUACCUUGUCUCCAGCCGACCAACUGCUGUCAAUCUUUCGGAUGCUGCAGCUAAACUGAAGCAAAUUGCAUCCGAAGUUGCCACUACUACUUCGGACGCAAGCAAAGUGUUUGAGGCUUACAUAGAAGCUUCCGAAAUCAUGCUCAAGGACGAUGUAGCCUCAAACAAGGCUAUUGGAUCUCAUGGAGCAAAUUUUAUUCAACACCUGCUGGGAAACUCUAAGAACAUUUCUAUGUUGACCCAUUGCAACACUGGCAGUCUAGCAACAGCUGGUUAUGGUACUGCUCUUGGUGUCAUCCGUUCACUUCAUACCGAAGGAGUGUUAGAAAGGGCCUAUUGUACAGAGACACGUCCAUUCAACCAAGGAUCCAGACUCACAGCAUUUGAGUUGGUGCAUGAUAACAUACCGGGCACUCUUAUAGCAGAUUCUGCUGCAGCUGCAUUAAUGAAAUUUGGACGUGUGAAUGCUGUAGUUGUUGGAGCAGAUCGUGUGGCUACAAAUGGUGACACCGCUAACAAGAUUGGAACCUACAGUCUUGCCGUAAGUGCAAAGCACCAUAACAUUCCAUUUUUCGUGGCUGCACCACUCACUUCCAUCGACUUAUCUCUUUCCUCCGGGGAAGAGAUAAUAAUAGAGGAGAGAUCCCCAAAGGAAUUGUUGAACACACACGGAGGGCUCGGGGAACAAGUUGCUGCAUCUGGAAUUGCUGUCUGGAACCCAGCUUUCGAUGUUACACCUGCCAAUUUAAUAACCGGUAUCAUAACCGAGAAGGGUGUUAUUACCAAAAAGGGCACUGAUGCUUUCAACAUCAAGGGUUUUGUUCAGAAGGCAGCCGUGCAGUCCGGUGCAUAACGGAGCCUUCUGGCAUUGGAUGAAAUAUUCCCCGAGGUGGUGACUGUUAGUGCUGUGUAACGUAAUAUGAAGAGAGCUAGUCGAAUAAUGGGGAGAAUCGGUCUUACUCCAAGUGAUGACUGUUCUCCCAAAAUGUAAGCAGGCCAUUUUUAUGGUAUCAUUGGUAGAUGUAAUAAGUAGAAAUUUUAUAGUAAAUAAGGGAAGUAGGUGAGAAGAUUUGGAGGAAAAUUCAUAUAGUUUUCUUGGGACUUCGUCCAUGAAUGUGAAUGUUUUCUCGGUCGCUCCAUCCUCGGCCGAUCCCGAAAGUUUGUGUAAGCAUCUAGUGGUUUUUGAGACUAUUUAAGUACCCUGAGCAAUACAAUAUUUAUGGGCUUCAUAUGGGAUGUUUGUAGAGCAAUCAUCAAUAAGAAGUUUCUUGGGGAUCAA